AUGCAGGAGGAGAACGCGGCGCGGUACGCGGAGCUGCUGCGCACCGCGCGCUUUCGGGACGUGCUGCGCGGCGGUGGUGGGAACGGCGAGGGGGACGCGGGAGGGGUGCUGGCGGUGAAGUUGGCUAUGGCGUGGUUUGGGUUGCCGGUGGCGCCGAUUGGGCGGGGAUUGGGUGGGAGCGAGGAUGAGGAGGACGAGAGCGGUGAUGAGAAGGAGAGGGAGGGGCAGGCGCUGAGGUUUUUGAAUGGGUAUUCUGGGGAGAGGGCGUAUGGGAGGGACGUUGGCUUGCGAAGGCCAGAUCCAAUACUGGAGACGUACUUUGUCAAGCCUACUCGGCGGGCACGGCUCGGCAAGAGGACGUCCUGGGGAGGCACUGCUUCGUUGAGUCUGAGAGGCGGCGAGGCUGCCAGCCAGGAGGAGGACGAUGCCCCGCCGGCCUCAGGGGCGAGUUCUCCUCCUGUGGAGGACGAGUCAACUCCCCAACCAGGCCAACUCAGACUCCGCGGCGGCGGCCCUUUCGAUGACUCCACCGACGACAACUCCGGGCUGGAUGAUGAGGGAGACACUGGCAAGAACCCAUCUCGCUGGUCAUCCGAAGACGACUUCACCAAGUCUCUCUACACGCCCCUGGGCGGCAUCUCCUCCGGCACAGAAAAACAAUGGGUGCCCCUAUACGGAUACCAAGGCGUCGUCUGGUUCCGGCUUGACCUGCUCUACACGUUUGUCGACGCCGUCGACCGGCUGCUAGGCCUGGACAACAGAGCAGGGGUGACCUACAGCCUGUACCUACUGGACAAGGAGAAAAGCUACACAUCCCAGGCCGAACGCGACGCCUUCCUCAGCGACCUGAACGGCAACGGGCUCACCAUCUGGCCCAGCGGCGCCGGCGACUACAGCCACGACCAGCUGGCCUGGGAGUGGGUGCUCGACCGGCUAGGAGUGGUGGAGGAAGGCAAAGAGCCGGAGUACCACCGCAAAGCUCUCUUCGUUGCCGGGCCGGCAGACCCUGUCCCCUGGACGUGGCAGCCUCGUCCUUCCCACCGUGUCCUGAAGCUCGUCCUCGACUGGGCCAACGCGCCCGAGAUGAACCGUCCGGAUGUGGCGUAUAUUCGCAUGCCCGAGAACCCGAAGGAUGUUGUCUACACGAACCAGUUCGGUCCUUGGAUGGCCCAAGUCUGCCGUGUGCUCGCCGCCGGCCGGAUCCCAGGACGGCCCGGAUACCCGGCCAUUCCGGAUGCCUGGUUCACCGUCGAGAGCAAAGAUCGAGAAUCCAGCGCCGUCGGCACAUACGGCGGGCUAGCCUUCCUCCCGCAGCUCUGGGCCUCCAUCAUUGCCCACUGGCAGAAGGAUAAAUCCACGCCAGUUACGCUCGUGGCCAGAACACCCCGGACCAUCAGCGACCGCUGGCAUCUGUUUCUCCCCGGUCUCGCUCAUCCAUAUGAGAAGCAAUACAUCCUGCAUAGCGAAGUGGACGACGUCAAAACCGUGCGGCGCAGGAUCGUCAGUCUGCUGAAGAACUCCAUGUCCAGCGACAGCUACCGAAGGAUCCGGUCGCUGGAAGUGCAUGUGCCCGGUGCCGGCUUCUUCAUCGUCUCGGAAGCAGCGCCCGAGCUGGUCGUUUCGAUGACCGCCGACGACCCGGAUUCCGCGUUUCAGCCGGUUGUGGACCGCCUGGUCCACUGGAAGCGCUGGCUGGAAGCAAUGCCAGGGGUUCCGCCCGUCUCCAACGGGCUGGGCUUGUUCCCGCAGUUCAUUGCCCUUCGUCCCGUCUUUGACGAAUACACCAUCUGCGACGGCGACGAGACCGCGGAGCCCCUGACGUGGGAUCCUGACGCCACGAGCGUGUCGCAAUUUCGACGGUUGGUGGCGAGGGUGUGGACAGCGAACGCGAGCAGUCGUCGGAAUGUACCCACGAGAUCCUGGAUUGCCAUCACCCAGGGCCGGCCGAGGAAGGCUGCCAGCAAGAAGGGUAGUGCCGACGUGGCGGGGAACAAGCCCAGACUGCUCGUGGGGCCAAGCACCACAGACACAGAGUGGUACGCGAUCCGGAGCAUGAUCGUCGAACCCGACGUGUUUGUCUCUCCGGUGGCCGAGACAAAUCUUCCGAGAUUCGGUGACUCGAUAACCGGACAGCCAUUUGGCUACCGCGACAUCUACGAUACCCCCCGUGCGCUGCUGUAUCAGGCACUCGAGAAGGACCAGUUCCCGUCAUCCGCGCGUCACUUCGACUGGCAGCUCUGGGGCGAAGACGUAACUCCCCAGCUGAAGACGGUGCGGCCGUGGGAGGAGCAGCCAGAGUCUCUGUCGGCAUUCUACGAGCACGACGAGUUCCCCUUGAAACCACCGCCCGGGACCAGACAGGUGUCUGCGUACCGGGACGCUCACGAAACGGGGGAGCCGCGGAACCGCCCCGUGGAGAGGACUGCCGGGUUCCAAGUUGUGACCGACGUCGAGAGGGGCCAGCGCCUGCGCGAGUACAGCUACGCUCACCCGCUCGACGUCCAGAUGCACACGUCGAUCCCGAUCAACGCGCCGCCAGUCGACGCACUCCUCAACCUCAGGCAAGACAGCGUGCCGGUCGUUUCGCUGUCAGUCUUGACCCCGACCGAGGUCCGGCGCCUGCAGCGAGACUACCAUGACAUGCGUAACCUGGUCUUGUCCAGGACUGAGCGGUGCCCGUACGCCGAUUGUGACGCCAUGUACCCGGCGAACCAGCCGUCGGCGAUGCAGCAGCAUCUCCAAGAGAAGCACCGAGCAACAGCAGCAGCGGCACCAGCACCAGCACCCGCACCCCCACCUCCAGCAGCGGCAGGGGCAGCGGCUCCCCCACCAGCCAAGCCAGCCAGGAAGCCGAAGGCCAAAGCCUCAGCCAAAGCCAAACCCACCCCCCCGGCAAAGCCCAAACAGCCAGCCGCCGCCGCCGCCGCCGCCGCCACACCUGCACCCCGCAGCGCCAAACCCGCCCGCAAACAACCGCCCACCAUCCCGCCCAGCUCGCGCGUAACCCGGUCGGCGGCGGCAGCACGCUCAUCAACCGCCUCCUCCUCCGCAUCCGCACCCCAGGCCGCCGCCGCCGCCACCACCACCACCACCCCCACCACCAUCACUGCCAUCAUCACCAACGACACCACCACCACCACCACCAACAACAACAACGACGUUGAGACCGCCGCCACCACCACCAGCGAGAUUCCAGCUCAUCACACCGCGAAAGCCGCACGCACCGUGACGUACGCGGAGCCUCUGGUCCGGGACGCAUCACCAGCGUCACCAGCGUCACCAGCGGUGGGGGUGGGCGGACUGAGGCGGGGCCAGAGACGGCUGGCGCCCGCUAUUCGGGCUCGAGCGAGGCCGGAGCACGUGCGCGCGCGUGCAUGA